ACCAAAUUACCAUCUCUUCUUCUUCUUCUUCUUUUCCUUUGUGAGAAAUCUCUAAAAUGAGAGCUUCAAAUCCCAUCAUUUCUGUACUGCUUUUCACUACUCUUCUUGCCCUUCAGGUUGUCAAUGGAGCUUUGGUCAAUAAUUUCUAUAGGAGAACCUGCCCUCAAGCUGAGAGAAUCGUUCAAGACGUCACCUUCCGUCUCGUUCGAUCCAAUCCUAGACUCGGCGCACAGCUUCUUAGACUUCAAUUUCAUGAUUGUUUCGUUCGGGGAUGUGAUGCAUCUAUUCUAUUAGAUACGGUUGGAACAAAUCAAUCGGAGAAGGAAGCAAGGCCCAACCUAUCACUAUUAGGGUUUAACGAAAUUGACCAAAUCAAAUCCGAGGUUGAGAAAGCUUGUAGUGGAGUUGUUUCUUGUGCUGAUAUUCUUGCUCUAGCUGCCCGUGAUGCAGUUUCCUUUCCCUUCAAAAAUCGACCACGCUGGCCAGUCUUAACGGGAAGAAGAGAUGGAACGAUUUCACGAUCAUCAGAAGUUAGCGGCAAUAUCCCAUCGCCGUUCUCCGACUUUGCCACUCUUAAGCAAAUUUUCGAGAAUAAAAGGCUAAAUGUUAUUGAUCUAGUUAUUUUAUCAGGUGGUCACACACUUGGAGAAGCUCAUUGUGGCACUUUCUCAAGGAGGUUAUACAACUUCACAGGCAAAGGAGACGCAGAUCCUUCAUUAGAUCCAAGAUAUGCAGAUUUUCUUAGAACAAAGUGUCCAAAUCCAGCUGAUCCUUCCAUUACAGUUGAAAUGGAUCCAAGAAGUUCUCGUUCUUUCGACUCCAACUAUUUCAAAAUUCUCACACAACAUAAGGGUUUGUUUCAAUCCGACGCUGCGCUUCUCAAUGACACUUCCUCCUCCCGGCUCGUCAGGUCGUUGCAGAAUCCAAAGGUUUUCUCUUUUAGCUUUGCUAGUUCCAUGUUGAAGAUGGCAGCCAUUGAAGUCCUCACUGGAAAUAAUAAUGGUGAAAUUAGGAAACAAUGUCGUUUUGUUAAUUAAAAAAAUUAUAUAUAUAUAUAUAUUACGUGGGAAAAUAAUUAUAUUUGCUGAUUUAUUUAAUUUGUAUUUUGGUUUUAUAUGUAUUUGUACUUGGUAAUGAAGAAGCUACGUGUUUGUUUUUAUUUAUAUUCAUCAAAAAAGUGUUCUUAAUAUAUACAUAUGAUACAAAUUUAUAACA